GUUACAUCAUUCUUUCAUUUCCAUUCAGCUUUCUCAUUCUUUUACUUUCUCUCAAAAUUCAAAGAUUUCUUUUCUCAACUCUCAAAUCAGUCAUGAAACGGGUCGAACUUGAGAAUUUACAAUCAUUUUGUCAGUUGAGUAACGCGCGUCAGAUUCCACGUCUAGGUUUGGGUGUUUACCAGGCUGCACCAGGCAAGGAAACCGAGAAUGCUGUUCUCUGGGCACUUCAGGCGGGGUACCGCCAUAUUGACACUGCGACCAUAUAUGAUAACGAGGCUAGUGUUGGUAAUGCCAUUCGCAAGAGCGGUAUUCCUCGUGAACAAAUCUUUGUAACGACCAAACUGACAGAAGAUGAUCAGGGAUAUGAAUCUGCUAUUGCAGCCUUGGAAUUGUCAUUGGAAAAAAUGGGUCUGGACUAUGUUGAUCUUUACCUGAUCCAUUCACCAUUAUGUGGGUCUGAAUUGCGGACUAAGUCUUGGAAGGCCUUAGAGACAUUAGUCGAGCAGGGCAAGGCCAAGAGCAUCGGUGUAUCGAAUUAUGGCGUACAUCAUCUCAAAGAACUCCUCGGUUCCAAUCCAACAAUUCGUCCAGUGGUCAACCAGAUUGAAGUUCACCCUUGGCUCAUUCGCCAAGACAUUAUUUCUUUUUGCGAGUCACAGGAUAUUGCGGUUGAGGCUUAUAGUCCAUUGUGUCAGGCCGUAAAACUUCAAGACCCCACUCUCGCCAAGUUAGCCACUAAAUACUCUAAAUCACCCGCACAAAUUUUGAUCCGAUGGAGUCUGCAAAAGGGCUUCAUUGUCAUCCCCAAGAGUGCUAAAAAGGAAAGAAUCGAACAGAAUGCAGAUGUGUUCGAUUUUGAUAUCGCAGAUGGAGAUAUGGCGGUUCUGGACUCGAUGAAUGAGAAUUUCGUGACUGAAUGGGAUCCUACAGUUGCACCAUAAUCAUCCCAUCAGAGCGACUAAAAAACAAGUAAUUUAAUCCACCUCGCCCUAUCCAAACUCCAUGACUUUCAGAUCUUUUCUUUUCCUUUUUGUUUGAUGUUUCUUCCUGUCAUAUGAUCUCUCCAGAGUUACCCGCCGAAAGAUCGAAUUUAUAAUAAAGCAAAACAAAAAGAGAAAUUGUUUCCAAUAGUUUCCAUGAGAAAAUAAAAAUACGGCGAUACACCCGAAUCUUUU